AUGCUAUACUUUAGAUAUCUUGGUACUAUGCAGAUUAACAUGCAGUUUACUCGAAAACUUUCUUCUCUUGCCAAGCAUUUUGAUACUUACUCGAAAUUUCAACCGACACCGGUAACUGUAAAAAGUCUCAUUGAUUUUGCCGUCGAUGGCGAUAUGAAACAAUCGUACAAAUUCUUACGCGUAGAACUACUUGUACGAUGGUCACAUAUGCGAAAGGAAAUGAAUUUGAUACCAGGAAGAUUAUUGGAAAUGCCAAGUUUUAAAUUAGCGAAUUCACUCUAUGACCAAAGUUUUACAGAAGUCUUAGCUUUUAAAGAUGCGGAACCCGAUGCUACAACACUUCGCAAGUUUACGGAAACUUUAGUGGAUAUUCGUCGUCGACAUGCGAAUAUCGUUCCAACUUUAGCUCGAGCUUAUAUGGAAUUGGACAAAGCAGGACCGAUCGAUUUAAUCGAAAAAAAUCGUUUGCAAUACUUCUAUGAUCGAUUUUUUAUGAAUCGUAUUGGUAUACGAACAUUGAUUUAUCAACAUACUCUGCUGUUUGGAAAUGAAUUUCCUCAGCAUCCACAACAAGCGGGCAUAAUCGAUCCUUAUUGUGAUGUUGCCGGUGUCGUUCGAGAUGCGUAUGCAACAGCCAAGAUUUUAUUCGAAAAAUCAUCCUAUCCUGUUCCACCAGUCGAAAUAUCUACUCAUACUGUGCAUGAAAAUGAAAAAGAUCGUGUCACCAUUGUUUAUAUUCCGGCACAUAUCUAUCACAUUGUAUUUGAAUUACUGAAAAACUCACUUCGGGCAACUGUUGAACGACACGGUCAGGAUGCUAAACAAUAUCCACCGGUGAAAGUUCGAAUUGUGAAAGGUCAUGAGGAUUUAACCAUACAAAUAGCUGAUCGAGGUGGUGGUGUUCCUCGUUCAAAGAUAUCCGAACUGUUCCAUUAUAUGUAUUCAACAGCACCGAAACCGAAUUCUGAUUUUGCUAUCGACGGGAAAGGAACACCUAUAGCUGGUCUUGGUUAUGGCUUACCUAUUGCUCGUCUUUACGCGAAAUACUUUCAAGGAAAUCUCGCUUUAUCGUCAGUUGAAGGUCUUGGCACGUGGGCGUACAUAUCAAUCAAGGCAGCAGCGGAAAAUGCCAGUGAAUUGCUACCAAUAUUCAGUAAAAUCCGAUAUUCAUACACAACGAAAAAAGGAUCGGAUUGGACAAAGAAAUAA